AGUUGAAACAUGAAAGAGGGGUGAGGGUGGGGGGUUUAAGAGGCAGUGGGGUGUUAAAGAGCAAAAGUGUGAACUUUGUAUAUCGCUCGCUAGUCGUUGCCUAAAUCUCAAAUGGCGUCGCUUCCUUUGAAGAGGAACUAUCGCUGUGUUCCAUCUCUGCAGCAGUUCUAUACCGGCGGGCCAUUCGUAGUCUCAUCGGACGGCUCCUUUAUUGUAUGUGUGUGCGGCGAGUCCAUCAAGAUCGUCGACUCCUCCAGUGCGUCUAUACGUUCCACCAUCGAUGAUGGCGACUCCGAGGCCGUCACGGCAUUGGCGCUUAGCCCCGACGGCAAGCUGCUCUUUUCCGCCGGCCACAGUCGCCAGAUUAGGGUCUGGGACCUCUCCACCUUGAAAACCGUGCGCUCUUGGAAGGGCCACGAUGGUCCUGUAAUGGGUAUGGCUUGUCAUCCAUCGGGGGGGUUGCUUGCGACUGCAGGAGCUGAUAGGAAAGUCCUUGUUUGGGAUGUUGACGGUGGCUACUGCACUCAUUACUUCAAAGGUCACGAAGGUGUUGUUUCAAGUAUUAUGUUCCAUCCUGAUCCGUCCAAGCCACUACUUUUUUCUGGAAGCGAUGAUACCAACGUACAAGUCUGGGAUAUUUUAUCUAAGAAGUGCAUCUCAACCCUUAAAGGACAUCAUUCAACUGUGACUUCUUUGGCAGUAUCUGAAGAUGGAGGGACAUUACUCAGUGCUGGACGAGAUAAGGUUGUGUUGUUGUGGGAUCUUCAUGACUAUAGCUGCAAGAAGACUAUAACAACAUAUGAAAUUCUUGAAGCAAUGUGUGUAAUUCAUUCUGGUACUCGUUUUGCUUCAUGUUUGGGUUUGAACAAUCAGCAUGAAGGGAAGAAAAGUGGGUCACUGGAAAUGUACUUUGUAACAGUUGGUGAACGUGGAGUUGUUCGGAUAUGGAGUUCUGAAAGAGCAGUUUGUGUUUUUGAGCAAAACUCAUCAGAUGUUACUCUUAGCUCGGAUGAAAAUGAGUCUAGAAGGGGCUUCACUGCUACUGUUAUGCUACCAUUGGAUCAAGGCUUGCUAUGUGUGACAGCUGAUCAGCAGUUUCUUGUUUAUUCCCCAGUCGAAAAAUCCAUGGGGAUGGAGUUGAUCCUAAGCAAAAGACUAAUAGGAGGCAAUGAAGAGAUUAUAGAUAUGAAGUUUUUAGGUGAUGAAGAACAAUUACUUGCUGUUGCUACAAAUAUUGAACAGGUACGAGUGUAUGACCUCGCAUCCAUGUCAUGUUCUUAUGUUUUGGCUGGUCAUACUGAAAUUGUUAUAUGCCUGGACACCUGUGUAUCAAGUUCCGGAAGAACACUUAUAGCAACUGGAAGUAGGGACAAAAGUGUUAGGUUGUGGGAAUCAGAAGGCAGAUGUUGCCUUGGAGUUGGAAUAGGUCAUAUGGGAGCUGUUGGAGCCGUUGCUUUUUCAAAAAAGAAGAAAGACUUCUUUGUAAGUGGAAGUAGUGAUCGUACUAUCAAGGUCUGGAGUUUGGAUGGUCUUUCUGACUAUGUGGGACAGCCUUUUAAUUUGAAAGCAAAAGCUGCUGUAGCAGCACAUGAUAAGGAUAUAAAUUCUCUAGCUGUUGCACCAAAUGAUAGUUUAGUUUGUAGUGGUUCUCAGGACCACACUGCUUGUGUAUGGAAGCUUCCGGAUCUGGUAUCUGUUGUUGUAUUUAAAGGGCAUAAAAGGGGGAUUUGGUCUGUUGAAUUUUCUCCAGUUGAUCAAUGUGUGAUAACGGCAUCAGGGGAUAAAACAAUAAAGAUAUGGGCUAUAUCUGAUGGUUCAUGUUUGAAAACAUUUGAGGGGCAUACAUCAAGUGUAUUAAGAGCAUCGUUUCUUACUCGUGGAACCCAAUUUGUUUCUUGUGGUGGUGAUGGGUUGGUGAAGUUAUGGACGAUCAAAACCAAUGAGUGCAUUGCUACAUAUGACCAGCAUGAGGAGAAGGUUUGGGCCUUAACUGUUGGGAAGAAGACAGAAAUGCUGGCAACAGGUGGCAGUGAUGCAGUUAUUAAUUUAUGGUAUGAUUCUACAGCAUCUGAUAAAGAGGAAGCUUUCCUUAGGGAGGAGGAAGGUGUUUUGAAAGGUCAAGAACUGGAAAAUGCUGUAUUGGAUGCAGACUACUCGAAAGCAAUUCAAAUUGCUUUUGAGCUCCGUAGGCCACAUAAGCUUUUUGAGUUAUUUGCUGAACUUUGCAGGCAGAGAGAAGCUGAAAAGCAUGUAAGAAAAGCCCUUCACGCACUUGGCCAUGAAGACCUUCGUCAACUUUUGGAUUAUGUAAAAGAAUGGAAUACAAAACCAAAGCUCUGUCAUGUUGCACAAUUUGUUCUCUUCACCAUUUUUAACAUCCUUUCUCCAACAGAGAUCAUUGAGAUGAAAGGAAUUGGAGAACUCCUUGAAGGGCUUAUCCCAUAUUCUCAGAGGCAUUUUAGCCGGAUCGACAGGCUUGUGAGAAGCACAUUUUUGUUGGACUACACUCUGACAGGGAUGUCUGUUAUUGAACCAGAGACUGAUGAUGUAAAGAAUUCAAAAGAUAAUAAUCAUUUGGAUGAAAAUCUUUUAGCAGCGGAUGUGGGUGAGGAGGAAAAACAAAAUGAUUCUCAAAUGCUAAAUUCAAAGUCGGCUAUUAGAAAACGAAAAUCAGAUAAGCAUAGAGAUGCUUCCCGUACUAAAAAAGUAAAGGGUGUGGCAUACACUGCUGUAUUUUAGGACUUAGUCCUAGAAGAAAGAAAACAAUUCCGUAUUAAAUAUUGUUAUUCUUUAUAUUUAUCUUUCCUCGCCAGAGUAGAUUAAUUUUUCUUCA